CACUUGUGUAACGUGAAGCAUUCGCGGGUUUCGAGAUGGAGAAUUCGAGUAACUUUUAUUUGGACAAUUGCUUGAGGAGGAAUGGUUCUGUAAGUUAUUUUGAUGCUAAGGGUGAUGUGCUCUGUCCAACACGAUUGGAUGCAAUACAUCGUGAAUUAUUUUCCAUGGCAAUGUUGCCCUUGUGACUGAAGAUAGGCCGAGUUUUUGACUGAACCAUUGUGCGAAGUGUCUGUUGACUGUGUUGAGUCGCGGGAGCGGUUCUGCGACAUAAUGCGCUAAUUCGUUGCAUGCAUUUUCUCCUUGUGACGUAAUCAUUGUACAUGUCUUCGGCUGCAAGUUGCUUUUGACUGAUCUUUCGUUGUAAUCCUUACGCAAAAUUCGAUCAUGUGAAGUUCAUUCCCGCAGUAGGUCUAUCGCACGCGUAAAAUGAUGAAGGAAGAGCCCGAUCCCGAGGCAUCGAUCCAUAUUUCGGGGAAACGCAUCACUGCGGAAAUGAACGCAGCCCUUGCCCCUGCUGAUGAAGAAUUCCGUGGGCUAGACAUACCGAGAUCACCAUCCCGGGUAACGGACUUUCUCUCAUCGGAUGCGUCUUUUCGGAAGAAACUUGGAUUCAUUCUAAAUCACCAUUAUUUCCAUAUAGUGGUGGUGAUCUUGGUCAUUCUUGAUAUAAUAUUCGUCGCCGCCGAGCUCUUAAUAGAUCUGAAGAUCUUAGCCUCGCACGAAGAAGCUCACGAUGCUUCUGAUGUUUUUCACUACUUGAGCAUCAGCGUACUGUGCAUUUUCCUAGUCGAAUACACUCUCAAACUGUUCGUGAUGCGGCUAUCAUUCUUCAAGCACUGCAUGGAAAUCUUUGAUUUGAUCGUCAUCAUCGUUUCCCUGAUUUUGGAAAUCUUGUUCAGACAUUCUCACUCUGCCUCGACUGGUACCGGUCUUCUGGUUGUUCUUCGUUUGUGGAGAGUUACCCGCAUCGUUAACGGCAUCGUAUUGUCCGUGAAAAUCCAUGCAAAUGAGAAAUUGAAAGCGGAACGGGAAGAAAGGAAACACUUGGAGGAUGAGCUGGAGAAGAUGAAAGAGCGGAAUGAUCAGCUCGAAAGGGACCUCAACUCGUUGAAUCUCGCGGUGCAGAAAAUUCUAACUUCUUCUCAAUCGGCGAGUCUCAACAAUAUUCUGAAGCAGCAGGGGAAAAAGAACAAUAACGAGUGA